AUGAAUUAAAAUACAAUUAAUUAAAUUAAAAAAUAGAAUAAACAAAAAAACUCUACUCAUAUUCAUCAAAAUAUAAUUAAUAAUGAAAAUAUUAAUUCAAUUAAAAUUUCAAUAGCAAUUCUUAUUUGUUCCGAAUAUUAUUAGAAAACACAAAGAACGUCUAAAAAUUAGCAUUUAAUUAAAUAAAUAAUUGAACUUAGAAGUUAAAAUAAUCGAAAACAAUGUCCAAAAGGAAGCCAAAAAUUAUAGAAAAAUAAUUUUAUUAUCCAAUCUAUUUUAGGAUUAAUGUAAUUUAUUCAAUCAAUAUAAUGGUUAAAAAGGAUUGACGGAAUUGUUCUUUCAGAAAUUUAAAUGAAUACAUCAAAAGCAGCUAUUACUUUAGAGAAUUUUCUUAAUCAACAGAAAAAAAUAUGUAGUUUUUUAGUGAAAUUGAUUUCUAAAAGAGUAGGAAAAUAGAUAAGAAAUUAAAAAGAAUAGAUACUUUGGUUUUAGAUUUGGAUUAAACAUUGGUUCAUUAUCAAGAGAUAAUUAAAUCUUAAAUAAAUAGUUUCCUAAAAAAGGAGGAGAAUAGACCAUUUGCAGAAGAAUUUAUUGAAACAUUAUCAAAAUAAUAUGAAAUAGUUAUUUUCACAGCAGCUUUAUCAGAUUAUUCAAAUUUUAUAAAAGAUAUAAUUGAUAAAAAUGAAGUAGUUUAAUAAAGAUUGUAUAGAGAUUAAACUGUUUUUAAGGUUGAUGUUUAUAUCAAGGUAUUGAAUGUAUUAAUAUUUUAUAGGAUCUUUCAAAAUUAAAUAAAAAUCUAUCGAAAUUUAUAAUAGUAGAUAACAUGCCUGAAAAUUUUAAAUUGCAACCAGAGAAUGAAAUUUACUUUUAAGCUGGUUUGGAGAUGCGAAAGAUAGAGCAAUUAAAGAUCUUAUAUCAUUGCUUGAAUGUAUGGAUUAUAAUAUAUUUCUAAUAGAAAUUGUAAUUAAAAAGUGUAACGAUAUUGGAGUAGCUUUGAAUUAAUUUAGAGAGUAAAUGAUAGAAAAAGUUUAAAAAG